CUGGUGUCGGGGAGCAGGACCUGAAUGGACUCGUGGGGUCCCCCAGGCACCUGGGGCUGGAGAGCAGGAGUCCUGGCCAGGGGAGUGGAGCAGCAGAUGGGGUCCAGCCUCUGUCCGUGCCCAGUCUGCCCGCAGUCAUGGUCCAGUGUAUCUGGCCGCCAGCCUCAGGAUUUAAUUAAGUUAGUGACGAGCCCAGUGCAUUUCUGGGGAGCCAGGAGCUGUCCCUGCUGUGGAUUAAUUCUUGUUUUUCCUUCUUUUUCCCCCUCUCUCUUCCCCUCCUUCUUUCUUCCCAAGGAAGAGAAAAAAAAAAGCCUUAUUUAUUCUCAUUUCCCCACUGUUGGCAUGGCAACCCAGGCAUACGUUUCGGAGCUACCGGCAGCCCCGCAAGCAUCCCAGCCACCGCAGGCCCCGCCCCAGCCACCACCUCCACCCCCAGCGGCGCCCCAGCCCCCCCAGACACCCACCGCCUCGGCCACCCCCCAGCCCCAGUAUGUCACCGAGCUGCAAAGCCCCCAGCCCCAGGCACAGCCACCAGGCAGCCAGAAGCAGUACGUGACGGAGCUCCCGGCUGCCCCCACGCCCUCGCAGCAAGCUGGCGCGCCCACCCCGGCCCCCGCGUCCCAGCAGUACAUCGUGGUCACCGUCUCUGAGGGUGCCAUGCGAGCCAGUGAGACGGUGUCAGAAGCCAGCCCGGGCUCCACAGCCAGCCAGACCGGCGUCCCCACUCAGGUGGUUCAGCAGGUGCAGGGCACCCAGCAGCGCUUGCUGGUGCAGACCAGUGUGCAGGCCAAGCCGGGCCACGUGUCACCCCUCCAGCUCACCAAUAUCCAGGUGGCCCAGCAGGCUCUCCCCACACAGCGUCUGGUGGUGCAGAGCACAGCGCCAGGCAGCAAGGGUGGCCAGGUGUCCCUGACAGUCCACGGUACCCAGCAGGUGCACUCGCCUCCUGAGCGGUCGCCGGUGCAAGCCAAUAGCUCCGCCAGCAAGACGGCUGGGGCCCCCACGGGCACAGUGCCCCAGCAGCUUCAGGUUCAUGGUGUCCAGCAGAGUGUCUCCGUCACCCAAGAGAGGUCUGUGGUCCAGGCCACCCCGCAGGCACCCAAAGCGGGCCCCGUGCAACAGUUGACCGUGCAGGGACUUCAGCCAGUCCACGUGGCUCAAGAGGUGCAGCAGCUCCAGCAGGUCCCAGUGCCACAUGUGUACUCCAGCCAGGUCCAGUACGUGGAGGGCGGCGACGCCAGCUACGCGGCCAGCGCCAUCCGCUCCAGCACCUACGCCUACCCCGAGGCCCCGCUGUACACACAGCCGGCGGGCACCAGCUACUACGAGGCCGCAGGCACGGCCACCCAGGUCAGCUCACCGGCCACCUCCCAGGCGGUGGCCAGCAGCGGCUCUGUGCCCAUGUACGUGUCCGCCAGCCAGGUGGUGGCCAGCUCCACCAGCAGUGGGGGUGGGGCCAGCAACGGCAGCGGAGGAGGUGGCGGAGGCGGCGGCGGGGGAGGCGGCGGCAGCGGGGCUGGCAGCGGUGGCAGUAGUAGCGGCAGCAGCAGCAGCGGCGCAGGCACCUACGUGAUCCAAGGCGGCUACAUGCUGGGCAGCGCCAGCCAGUCCUACUCCCACACCACCCGUGCCUCGCCAGCAACGGUCCAGUGGCUCCUGGACAACUAUGAGACGGCGGAGGGCGUGAGCCUGCCCCGCAGCACCCUCUACUGCCACUACCUGCUGCACUGCCAGGAGCAGAAGCUGGAGCCCGUCAACGCCGCCUCCUUCGGCAAACUCAUCCGCUCCGUCUUCAUGGGGCUGCGCACGCGUCGGCUCGGUACCAGGGGCAACUCYAAGUACCACUACUACGGCCUGCGCAUCAAGGCCAGCUCGCCCCUGCUGCGGCUGAUGGAGGACCAGCAGCACAUGGCCAUGCGGGGCCAGCCCUUCUCCCAGAAGCAGAGGCUGAAGCCCAUCCAGAAGGUGGAGGGCGUGACCAACGGGGUGGCCGUGGGGCCGCAGCAGGCCGUGGGGCUGUCCGACAUCAGCGCCCAGGUGCAGCAGUACCAGCAGUUCCUGGAUGCCUCUCGGAGUCUCCCCGACUUCACUGAGCUUGACCUCCAGGGCAAAGUCCUGCCCGAGGGCGUCGGGCCGGGGGACAUCAAGGCCUUCCAAGUCCUGUACCGGGAGCACUGUGAGGCCAUCGUGGACGUCAUGGUGAACCUGCAGUUCACGCUGGUGGAGACGCUGUGGAAGACCUUCUGGAGACACAACCUCAGCCAGCCCAGCGAGGCCCCGGCACUGGCCGUGCACGAUGAGGCUGAGAAGCGGCUGCCCAAGGCCAGCCUGGUGCUCCUCUCCAAGUUCGAGCCUGUGCUGCAGUGGACCAAGCGCUGCGACCACGCGCUGUACCAGGGCCUGGUGGAGAUCCUCAUCCCUGACGUGCUGCGGCCCAUCCCCAGUGCCUUGACCCAAGCGAUCCGGAACUUUGCCAAGAGCCUGGAGAGCUGGCUCACCCACGCCAUGGUGAACAUCCCCGAGGAGAUGCUGCGGGUGAAGGUGGCCGCGGCCGGCGCCUUCGCGCAGACGCUGAGGCGCUACACUUCGCUCAACCACCUGGCGCAGGCGGCGCGCGCCGUGCUGCAGAACACGGCGCAGAUCAACCAGAUGCUGAGCGACCUCAACCGCGUGGACUUCGCCAACGUCCAGGAGCAGGCCUCGUGGGUGUGCCGCUGCGAGGACCGMGUGGUGCAGCGUCUGGAGCAGGACUUCAAGGUGACGCUGCAGCAGCAGAACUCGCUGGAGCAAUGGGCGGCCUGGCUGGACGGCGUCGUGAGCCAGGUUCUCAAGCCCUACCAGGGCAGCGCCGGCUUCCCCAAGGCCGCCAAGCUCUUCCUCCUCAAGUGGUCCUUCUACAGCUCCAUGGUGAUCCGGGACCUGACCCUGCGCAGCGCCGCCAGCUUCGGCUCCUUCCACCUCAUCCGGCUGCUCUACGAUGAGUACAUGUACUACCUGAUCGAGCACCGCGUGGCCCAGGCCAAGGGCGAGACCCCGAUCGCGGUCAUGGGCGAGUUCGCCAACCUGGCCACUUCGCUGAACCCCCUGGACCCGGACAAAGACGAAGAGGAGGAAGAGGAGGAGGAGAGCGAGGACGAGCUGCCACAGGACAUCUCGCUGGCGGCUGGCGGCGAGUCGCCUGCGCUGGGCCCCGAGGCCCUGGAGCCGCCGGCCAAGCUGGCGCGGACCGACACGCGCGGCCUCUUCGUGCAGGCGCUGCCCUCCAGCUAAGCCCGCAGCCCCGCCCCGCCCGCCCCUCCGUUCCUCCACGCCAGGGUCCMUCACGGCUUCUGUGGCUUCGCUGUCACCCCUCCAGGCCCCGACCAGGGCAGGAGGGGGCCUUCGAGACAGGGAAGGAGAGAGGGGCCCCGCCCCCCGAUGGGGCCGGCACAAUCACAGGGCUGGGCGGAGCCGCAGCUGCAAACUCUGACACAAAAGACGUGCCUUAAGGAACCCGCCGCGGUGCCCAGGUGCCCCACAGGGCAACCAGCUCGGCCCCUGCCUCCCACCCCGCCAACAAGGUCGCAGCAUCUCCCCCACAGGCCCGCCGCCCAGGGGGCAGGCAGGCAGGCCCCCUCUCCUACGGAACUGUUAACUUAUUCUGCUCGCUGGCUUUGCACAGCCUGUCCUGGGCCCAGCCGAGCCCUGGGCAGGCGCAGGUGGGUGGCACCUGGGGACCCCCACUGUCAGCAGCAGCCCCGGGACAACCCCCCACCCCCAGCAACCCCACUGCUUCCCCCUUCUUGGUAUAAGUGCAAUUAAAGUUGUGGGUGUUGCAUCUUCUCCAGAGCUGGGCCUCCCUCGCCCCGUGGCCCCUAGAGAGAGGGGGCCACUGCGACGGCGGCAGCGGCCGCGGCUCCCAGCUUCCAAAGAAGAGCAGCGGCUGCUGCAGGGCCGGGAAGUGCCCGCGCCCGCCAGGCCAGUGCUGGGUGCUCCACGCAUUGGAGGCCCUGCGCCCUGCGCCCUCUGCGCCGCUGGUUUGUAAUGGAACCUUCUCCUGGAGACUCGCUUCUCCUCCGUGCCGUGGACCCCGCCCCCCAUGACUAUUGUGCGAUUUGUGAGCGCCGCCUGAGCGGAGUUGGUAACUUGUUGGGUUUUUUUCCAACCAUCAUGGCCUUAUCUGUUCCAGUUUUCUCAGUGUUUUCAACCUGUGAGAUAGAUGUUUAUGGCAAAAAAAAAGAAAAAGAAAAAAAAAAGGAAAAUCUGACCUAUUGUAUAAGAAUCACUAUUUUGUGUGCUCCGCGUGCUACAGCUUUUGGGGUGGCCCUGCCACUCCCCCAAUGCCCACGGGGCCUCCCCUCUCCCCGGCGGUGAAAGUGUCCACGCGUGUGGUAGUUUAGUGUGCCGAGCUGUUUUCUACCUUUUUGUAGUCUUUCUUAAAACACAA